AUGGGCUCCAUGAACUGCGACCCGCCGCCCAUCCGUGCCGCCCUCUUCGACAUGGACGGCCUACUCAUCGACUCCGAAGACCUCUACACAAUCUGCACUAAUACCAUCCUUCAACGCUACAACCGCCCUACCCUCCCCUGGUCUAUAAAAGCGCAGCUCCAAGGACGUCCCGGCCCCCAAGCGGGCGCCAUCUUCCACUCGUGGGCACAACUCCCCAUCUCGAAAGAUCAAUUCUUCACAGAGCAAUCAGAGCUGCAGAGGGAGCUGUUUCCGCGGACGAAGCCGCUGCCGGGGGUGAUGGAGCUGCUGCGGGGGUUUAGGGAGAAGGGCGUACACAUGGCGCUGGCGACGAGUAGUCAUGCGGGCAAUUUCAAACUCAAGAGCAGUCAUCUGCCCGAGCUGUUUGAGUAUUUUCAUCGCGACCAUCAGGUGUUGGGGGAUGAUCCGCGGAUACCGCCGGGGAGGGGGAAGCCGGCGCCGGAUAUUUAUCUGCUUGCGCUUAAGGUGCUCAACAGAACACUUACCGAACAAGGUCACCCACCUAUUCGACCAGAGGAGUGUCUGGUAUUCGAGGACAGUGUGCCGGGCGUAGAGGCAGGACGGAGAGCAGGCAUGCAGACAGUGUGGUGUCCGCAUCCGGAGUUACUUGUUGAGUAUACCGGGAGGGAAAAGGAGGUGCUGGCGGGGUUGACGGGCGAGCAUAAGGAGGAUGAGGAGGCGGAGUUACAGCAUACGGAGGUGGAGGUGCUUGAGGGAAAGAGGAGGGUGGGGAUGCCAGGCGAGAUUGAUGAUGGAUGGGGGAAGUUGUUGAAGUCGCUGGAAGGGUUUCCAUAUCACGAGUUUGGUAUUGGGCAGUCGACACUAAACUGA